AUGGAGAGCAAGAAUGCAGCCUCUCGGCAGGUGCGUGGUAGUAAGAAAACCACUGAGGCAGCAAAAAGACGGAAGGAUAUUCCAGAUGGACAACUCACCAAGGAGCUCAGAGCACAGCUGAGGAGACUAGAUAUGGCAAAGGUACGGGAGGAAAACCAAACUGAAGCUGCAGGCAGAGAAAGACAAAAGAAUAAACCAGGAAGCCACGACAAUGACAAUGGCAAAGUAGCUGUGAAAAGAGAAAAACUGUUAGAGGGUGGGGAUCAGUCACUUGCAACGCCCCUGUCUUGUUUGUCUCCAAAAAGCAUAAUGGACCUGGAAAUGGAGUUGGUCUACACUGAUGAAGAGGACAUUCCCUUUGAGUUUGCUGAUCCUGUGGAGCCCACAAGCACACAGUCAUCACGUCAUGGAUCUGAAGAAGAUGCUGUGGGCACAUCUGACGACGUCCCUCUGCCCCAGAUUGAUAAGCAGCUGCAGGUGACCCUCAAGGCAGCCAGUUCUUGCUACAGGGAGAACAACUAUGAAGCAGCAGUGGAGCAGCUCUCAACAGCAUGGGAGCUUUGCAGUAAAGGUGCUGCUACAGAAGAUCCCAUUGAGACAUAUCCAGAAGAUAUUUCCAGUAUCGCCAGUUUUAUUGAGACGAAGUUUGUAAUCUGCUACUUGAAGCUGAAGAAGCCUGAAGAAGCUCUGAAUCAUUCACACAGGAGCAUCAUUCUGAACCCGGCUUAUUUCCGGAACCACCUGCGCCAGGCUGCUGUGUUCCGGUGCUUGGAGAGAUGCUCUGAAGCUGCCAGGAGUGCCAUGGUUGCAGACCACAUCUACUGGCUGAUGGGAGGCACUGAGCAGCACACAAGCAAGCUCAUCAAGCGGUACUGGCAGGUGAUUCAUGAAGAAGCCAUGAUUAGAGAAGUAUCUUUCACAGCUAUGUACACCCCGUUUGUGGCAGGAGGCAAGGCUGACAAAAUAGAGAAGCUGAAGAGUAUAUUUGCUAAAAAGCACCCUGGUUAUGUGGAGCACAUCUAUACAGAUCCUCAUGGAUUUCACAUCUUGCCCCAGACAGCUGGGAACCCACCCUUGCCUCCCAGGCAGUACUUGCUGACUCUGGGUUUCAGGAGUAAACAUAUUGGAAAAAUCUUGGAAAGGUGGUCGGAUAAAAAACUGCCAAUCUUUUCAGACCGGAAAGCACCUUUCUGUCCUGUCACAGAAGAAGAAACAAAAGCCUUCUGGAAGAACACUGGGAAAAGGAUCCUGCCAAUCAUGGAUUUUAUAAGAAGUACCAAAUUAACUGACAGUCGCUGCCCCUGUUCCCGUGGGAUAGAGAAGCUGCAUCUCGCCAGCUGCCUCGGCCGCUUGCAGAGGGAGGGGGAACAGUCCCAAGUGAUCCAUCAGGCUCUGGCUGAGCUGGCAACAGUUCCCUACCUGCAGGACCUCAAAAAGAGGGAUGCCAGACUACUCCAGUCACUGAUGGCAGAUGCCAUGGACACCCUUGAAGGAAGUUGUGAUGGAGAACGUGUGUGGAGUAGAAUUCAGAAGAUUGGGCUAAUUGAAGACUACUUGUUCCAAGCAGAAGACGAUUACUUACAGAAGAAAAGGCUGAGAAGAGACAAGACGGUGGAAACGAAAAUGAACAGAACUCACCCAGCAACAUGA